AUGGCAACAAGAAACAAUUCGAAGUUAUGUACAAUCUGCAAUAAGUCUUCAGCUACAUCCUUCUGUAUUGGAUGUGAACAACACUUUUGUCGAAAAGAUUUCAAAGAACAUGAACGACAGCUAUCGAUUACAUUUGAUAAUGAAAUAAUAAGAUCUCAUGAUGAACUUCUUGAUCUAAUACAGAAAUUAGAAAAAUCAAAUUAUUUAUCAUUACAUGUUUUUGAUCAAAUUGAACAAUGGAAACAAACAACAAUCAAUAAAGUGAAAAAAGCAGCAGAAAAAGCUCAAAAUGAACUUAUUCAAUUCAUUGAAAAUCAAAAAUUAACAAUAAUAAAACAAUUGGAACCAAUUACUAAAGAAAUUCGUUCUCUUCGAGAAGAAGAAAAUAUUGUUGAAACUGAUAUUGAUCGACUUCGAAAAAAAAUCAAUGAUAUGCGACAAAAACUUCAAGAGUUUACUCAAAAAGACACAAAUAAAAGCAUCAUUGUUAACGAUAACCAAAUUGAUUGGAAUCGACUCAUUUACGUCAGACGAGAAGAACAACAAAACUGUAAGCGUUUUGAACUAAAUAUAUUGGGAAAAAGAAAUUUCUCACCAAAUCAAUCAAAUAUUUUUGUAUUUCAUUAA